UUCGAUGCAUCUUCCAAUCAAGGUCGAAAUUAAUGGUCAUGGACUCAUAAAUGUUCUAUAUAUGUAAUGAAUCACAUUUGUAAUGUCCGAGAACAUAAUGGGCAGGUCAUAAUGUGCCAAGCGCAUUAGUUGACCACUAAACCAUUUAUUCUUCUUUCUUCUUCAGCUGGAAAAAUAUGGAAAAUGACAGUUUGAUCUCCGGUAAUAGGCCGGUGAUCAUGGUUACGAAUGACGACGGCAUUGGCGCCCAGGGAUUGCUAGCUCUGGUUCAUGUUCUAGUCUCGGCUAGUCGUUAUGUUGUUCAAGUUUGUGCACCUGACUCAGAAAAAUCAGCUGUAAGUCAUUGUACAUAUGGUCAUCCUCUAGUUGUGAAGAGAGUAAAGAUUGAAGGAGCAACAGCUGUUUCAGUUUCUGGGACUCCAGUGGAUUGUGUUUCUCUAGGAAUCUCCAAAGCACUUUUUCCUUCAGUCCCCGAUCUGGUAAUCAGUGGCAUAAACAAGGGUAGCAACUGCGGAUAUAACAUUGUGUAUUCUGGCACUGUUGCUGGUGCUAGAGAGGCUUUUCUUGAUGGUGUGCCUUCUAUUUCACUAUCUUAUCAAUGGAGUUCAGGUAAGAGCCAAGUCAAUGACUACUUGCUUUCUGCCAAGGCUUGCUUGCCUAUCAUUAAUGCAAUUUUGGUAGACAUCAAGAAUCAAAAUUUCCCAAAUGGGUGUUUUCUGAAUAUGGAUUUUCCAACUGAUAUUGCUAAUCAUAAGGGGUACAAGCUAACUAAGCAAGGAAAAAGUAGAUCCAGAUUGGGAUGGAAAAAAAUUACAACUCCUAACAUACAAAUAGAAAAAUUGCUAGCAGAACUAUCCCAAGAAAAGCAUACACAAAUAAUUGCAUCAGAACAUGAACAUCUCUUGUUCCAACGACAUGAUUGGAAUCCUCAGUUUAGUGAUGAUAAUGAUGAUGAAACAGAUAAAAAGUCCUUGAGAGAAGGAUAUAUUACAGUAACUCCUCUUGGUGCCCUCUCCCGGGCUGAUGAAGAUAACCAUCACUAUUUCAAAAAUUGGUUACCAAAUUUAGGCUGACAGCUUUCCCUUAAUACUGUCAGCCUAUAUGCUACCAUUUAUGUGCAUGGAAAUUCUAUGUAUGAGAUCAGAGUCAGCCAAUGUCAUUGAUCAGAAAUGAAAUACGAGACAGUCAGGAAGAAAAAGAAAAAAUAAUUCUGGAGUGAUGAUACAAAAUGAAUCUUUUUUCUGAAAAGAAAAGAAAAAACUAGUUUAUAACAAUGUAAGAUUGUUGAAAUGCAACUGAAACUGAAUAAAUAAUAAUAAUAAUAAAUAAAUCAAGGGAAUGAAGAGGGUUUUUUUUUAUGGAACAAAGGUUCAAAGGGGUAGAAUUUGAGGCUGGCCAUAUGGAAUUAAGUGUGCUUAGUUUGAAAUGAGAGAGAAUGUCAGCUUGUAAUGCAAAAAAAGUUGAAAACAUAAUUAUAAAGUAUGAGAAGUCAAUCUUUUUUCUGAAAUAAA